UCUUUCAGGAACAGAACAACCACAGCUUUAAAAGCAGUCUCCCGCCAACAGGAACCUGCCAUGGCGUUGCGCCCUCGAGCUUCCUCUCAACCUGGGAAACUUUCUUUCCUCCAGAGUCCCAAGGUAGCUUUAGCCCUUCGGCCACGGGCUGUUUCCUCGCGCUCAGGCUCCAUGCUGGAAGAGGAACUGUCCUGUCCUGUUUGCUGUGAGAUCUUCAAGGAACCUGUGGUGCUCAAGUGCAGCCACAGCUUCUGCCGGGCCUGCCUGCAGCAGUUCUGGAACAAGAAGAAAGCCAGACGCGAGUGUCCCGUCUGCAGGAGGAAAUGCUCCCUGACAGAGCCCACAGUCAGCCUGGCCCUGAAGAACGUGGCCGACACCUUCCUGAGGGAGCAGGAGCGCAAGACGUCCCCAGCUGGGACGGUGGCCGGGUGGACAGGGGAGGAAGCAGGGAUGGUGGAGGCGAAGUGCACCACACACGGGGAGGUUCUCAAACUCUUCUGUCUAGAUGACUUUGAGGUCUUGUGCUGUGUGUGUCACACCUCCAAGAAGCACCAGGGACACAGAGUGUGUCCCUUAGAAGAGGGAGCGCAGGACCUCAAGGCAGAGCUGAAGAAAGAGCUGAUUCCUCUGAAGAAGAACCUGCGUCACCUGUAUGAGGCCAAGCAGGAGUGUGAUGACACAACUGUCCACAUCAAGAACCAGACUCAGGCCACAGAGAAGGAGAUCAAGGAGGAGUUUGAGCAGCUCCGUGAGUUUCUGCAGAGGGAGGAGGCGGCCCGACUGGCCUCUCUGCAGCAGGAGGACGAGGAGAAGAGGGAGCUGGUGAAGAAGAAGUCCGACAGCAUCACCAGAGACAUCCUCACCUUCUCUCACGCCGUCAUUGCCAUUGAGAACGAGAUCGCGUCCAGUGAUGCUCUCUUCCUUCAGAAUUAUGCUAAUACGAAGAAAAGGGCACAGAUCCCACAGAAGGAUCCAGAAAAAGUGUCAGGUGCUCUUAUGAAUGUGGCCAAAUACGUCAGUUCCCUCAAGUACCACGUGUGGGAGAAGAUGGUGGAGCUGGUUCAGUACACACCCAUCACCCUGGACCCCAACACUGCCUACUCUUGGUUGUCUCUCUCCUCAGACCUGACCAGCGUGGCCAACAGCGGAUCCCUGAAGCAGCUCCCGGACAAUCCUGAACGUUUUGGCCACUUUGUGUUUGUGCUGGGCUCAGAGGGCUUCACCUCGGGCCGCCACGCCUGGGAAGUGGAGGUUGGCGACAAGGUGGACUGGAUGCUCGGGGUGGUCAAGAAGUCCAUCGAUAGGAAAGGCCGCAUUUCAGGCUGUCCCGAGGGCGGCUUUUGGAUGAUCUCGCACUACGAGGGCGAGUACUCGGCCAUGACGAGGCCCAGCACCCCGCUUCACCCGGAGGGGGAGCUGACCCGUGUCCGGGUGCAGCUGGACUACGACUCCGGAGAGGUGAUCUUCUCCAACCCGGUCAGCAUGAUGCCCAUCUACACCUUCAACGACUUCUUCACUGAGAAGAUGUACCCCUUCUUCUGCCCCGGAGCCAACAUCAAUGGGAAUAACCCCAAACCCCUCAAGAUCUGCCCCGUCAAAGUGGCUGUGUGGAACAGUGCGACGUGGUGA